GUGAGAUUGGUGAGAUUGGUGAGUGAGCUGCUCGCGGGACGUAUAGGAGGAGAGGGGGAAUAUGCUCCUCCUCCUCCUCCUCCUCCUCUCCUCUCCCCCCGGGGCCGUGAGGGACGGGCCGAGGGAGGGACGGAGGGAGGUAUAUAUAAUCCAGACUAUGGUUUGUGCUCACUGCCCACUGCCACUUUUUCCGUGUGCACUGUGCGAGUGUUUAAAUACCGGCAUGGAAUUCCCACAUACCUACUUAGACCGAUGGCCCAGUGGCGGGCAGGACCUGAAUGAUUCCGUGCUGGCCAAUUCUGAGGAGACUGGCGGAGUAACUUUUAACUAUCCGGCUUGUUUUGAGGGGACCUUUUAGAAAGCAACAAGAAAAGAAAGCAGCCUGUGUUCUCCAGGCCCAACAACCUCAAAGUACCUCUGCGGUGUUGAUAAUAAUGUCU